CAAGAACUCCCUAGUAAUUUUAACACGCUCGAACCGAGCAAUUUGGAUAAAAAAUUUCUCCGAUUGCCUUAAACCAAACCAAAGAUAGGACCUAAACCGAGUCUAAAAUCAAAUGGUCUACCCCUAAACCGAUCAUAUGGUGAUUUUCAAAUUGAUUUAGGGUUUACGGUUAGGCUUAAUAAUGUUGACUAUAUAUAUAGAAACUGUUCUAGCGAUCGAAUAAACUAUUCACACAUUCUCCGAGAGAAUAUAGAGAAAAGGAAGUUUAAAGAAUCUCUGACGGUUACGGCUAUGGCGGCGACGAAUAAACAACAAGACGCUUUUUCCGAUGACUUUGACUAUGAAAUCUGGUCUUCGGUUACGAAAACUAUACUAAAGGAGAAAGAACUCUGGGAUGUUGUCGAGAACGGAGUCCGGCCAGAUCCAUCAAAGAUCCCAGAGUUAGCGGCGAAGAUUCAAUCCGACGAACUAUCAAAAUGGAGAGAUCUCGCCGUGAAAGACAUGAAAGCGCUUCAGAUCUUGCAAUCUUCUCUCCCAGAUUCUGCUUUCAGAAAGACUCUCUCUGCUUCUUCAUCCAAAGAAGUUUGGGACUUGCUUGAAAAAGGUAACGAACAAGCAACGAUACGUAGAUUAGAGAAGCAAUUUGAAGAACUCAAAAGGAAUGAAAAAGAAUCUACCGAUUCAUACAUAGAUAGGAUUAUGGAAAUCGUUGGUGAGUUACGUGUUUUGAAAGUUGAGAAAUCUGAGUACGAGAUUUGUAAGAAGGUGUUUGCUUCGCUCUUAGAGUCAUACGAUGAGAUACAAUCAAUGUUGGAGGAAAUCAUGAAUGUUCAUAAGAUGACUGCUGCGAGUCUUUGUCAGUAUUUCUUCCUUAAUGGAUAUGAUUUUGAAUCAGUUAAUGAGCAAGUUUUCCUUGGACUGUUGAAGAAUUUGAGGCUUAAAUCAAAGUCUAAGAAGUGGUGUGACUUGUGCUACAAGGUUAGUCACAACUUUGAAGACUGCAAAAGAAGGAAUCCGAUAUAUGUGGAAGAAGAAGAAGAAGAAGAAGAAAUUGUAGUUAAUUAUGUACUGUCGACGGAUGUAACUUUAGGGGAAAAAUCAUAUGAUGAGGAUAUUUGGAUGGUAUACGGGCUUGCUACGAUUCACAUGACUCCAUAUGCGAAGUAUUUCACCACUCUAGACAGGACACACAAAGCUAAGGUUGGAUUGGCUGAUGGAAAAGUUCUUAUGGUUGAAGGAAAAGGAGAUGUUAAGAUCAAGAUGAAGGGAGGGAAGAAGAAGACUAUCAAGAAUGUGAUUUUUGUUCCCGGCCUCAACAGAAACGUGUUAAGUCUUAGUCAGAUGACGUCGAGAGGCUAUUCAUUCACAGAGGGACGUGGAGGCGAAUGCAUUAUCCGCGAUCGGACUAAGGAUGAAUUUGGGGAAACUUUGUGGAUGUGGGAAGAGAAAGGAUUGGCUUUGCGUUUGAAGGUGAUUGAAGGUAAUCUCACCUCUUAAUGAGCUCUGUCUUCAACUUUGGUAGAAGACUUUAACACGUAAGAUGGGACGCUUAUGUCUCUAUGUGGUUUUUUAGUUUCGUUUUAUUAUGUUUUCAGUUUGUUCUUCUAGUAGUUCAUAUUCUGCAACUGCAGUAUGAAUUAGUCGUGUGCUCUUUUAACCUAGGACGGCUUGUUACGUAUUAAUCUAGUUUUCAAUUACUAUUUUGUUCUUCA